AUGUUUCUAAUAGAAAGCUAUGAAGCUACUGAAGUAAUUGAGCCUAGUAUUGAGCGUUUUCAAGACGAGAAAAUGGACAAGACAACGUCGAAGAAGCAAAACCCGUCGGAAUUCCUGCGCAAGAUCAUCGGCAACCCGGUGGUGGUGAAGCUCAACUCUGGCGUCGACUACCGAGGCGUUCUGGCGUGUCUGGACGGAUACAUGAACAUUGCUCUGGAGCAGACGGAAGAGUACGUCAACGGGCAGCUCAAGAGCAAGUACGGCGACACCUUCAUCCGCGGCAACAACGUCCUCUACAUCUCCACCUCCGCCAAGCGAUAG